AUGGUCUUCGGGCUGCAGAGCCCGCCCUGGGCCUCUGAGGCCGCGCUGGGAGGGAACCAGGUCCCCGCAAUCCUGCGGGCUGCAGCUGGCGGCCUCUUCCCGCCCUUGCCGUUGCGGGGCAGCAGCCGUCCCCACGGGCAGGCCUUGCGGUUUGGACUAUGUCAGGAGAGGCUGUGUUCAGGCAGUGGCUCUAAUCCUUUCCAGCAUUUGGAGAAGAGUGCUGUGCUUCAGGAGGCACGUAUCUUUAAUGAGACCCCUAUAAAUCCACGAAGAUGCUUGCACAUCCUUACCAAGAUCCUUUACUUGCUGAACCAGGGUGAACACUUUGGAACCACUGAAGCCACAGAAGCUUUUUUUGCAAUGACCAGAUUAUUUCAAUCUAAUGAUCAAACCCUUAGAAGAAUGUGUUAUCUGACUAUCAAAGAGAUGGCCAAUAUUUCUGAGGAUGUCAUCAUUGUCACAAGCAGUUUGACCAAAGACAUGACAGGGAAGGAAGAUGUAUACCGAGGCCCAGCCAUCAGAGCGCUCUGCAGGAUCACGGAUGGUACGAUGUUACAAGCCAUUGAGAGAUACAUGAAGCAAGCCAUUGUGGACAAAGUCCCCAGUGUGUCUAGUUCUGCGCUGGUGUCUUCCUUACAUAUGAUGAAGAUCAGUUAUGACGUAGUCAAACGGUGGAUCAACGAAGCUCAAGAAGCAGCUUCUAGUGACAAUGUCAUGGUGCAGUACCAUGCUUUGGGGCUGCUCUAUCACCUCAGAAAAAAUGAUCGCCUUGCGGUUUCCAAGAUGUUGAAUAAGUUCACUAAAUCUGGACUGAAAUCCCAGUUUGCGUACUGCAUGCUGAUCCGAAUUGCAAGCAAACUCUUGAAGGAAUCUGAAGAGGGCCAUGAAAGUCCGCUGUUUGACUUCAUUGAGAGCUGUCUGCGGAAUAAGCAUGAAAUGGUUAUUUAUGAAGCUGCUUCUGCAAUCAUCCAUCUCCCAAACUGCACAGCCAGGGAGCUGGCACCUGCUGUUUCAGUGCUGCAGCUCUUCUGUAGUUCUCCCAAACCUGUCUUGAGAUAUGCAGCUGUACGGACCCUUAAUAAAGUAGCCAUGAAGCAUCCAUCUGCAGUCACUGCCUGCAACCUGGACCUGGAAAACCUCAUCACUGACUCCAACCGCAGUAUCGCUACCCUCGCCAUCACCACCCUGCUGAAGACAGGGAGUGAGAGCAGUGUAGACAGGCUCAUGAAACAGAUCUCUUCCUUCGUGUCAGAAAUAUCAGAUGAGUUUAAGGUAGUGGUAGUACAGGCUAUCAGUGCACUGUGCCAGAAAUACCCUCGGAAACACAGCGUCAUGAUGACCUUCCUCUCCAAUAUGCUCAGAGAUGAUGGUGGCUUUGAGUACAAGCGAGCCAUUGUGGACUGUAUAAUCAGCAUCAUUGAGGAGAAUCCUGAGAGUAAGGAAUCGGGCUUGGCUCACCUCUGCGAGUUCAUUGAAGACUGCGAACAUACUGUCCUAGCCACAAAGAUCCUGCACCUGCUGGGGAAAGAGGGGCCGAGGACUCCAUCCCCAUCCAAGUACAUCCGCUUCAUAUUCAACAGGGUGGUGCUGGAGAACGAGGCUGUGAGGGCUGCCGCUGUAAGUGCACUAGCGAAGUUUGGUGCCCAGAACGAGAAUCUCCUUCCCAGCAUCUUGGUCCUGUUGCAGAGGUGCAUGAUGGACAGCGAUGACGAAGUUCGGGACAGAGCAACGUUCUACUUGAAUGUACUGCAACAGAGACAGAUAGCUCUGAAUGCUGCCUAUAUCUUUAACGGGUUGACCGUCUCUGUUCCUGGGAUGGAGAAAGCCCUGCACCAAUACACACUGGAACCUUCUGACAAACCUUUUGAUAUGAAAACAGUUCCACUGGCUACCGCACCAAUCUUUGAACAGAAAGCAGAGAUUGCCCUAGUCACCAGCAAACCUGAGAAAGUUGCUCCUUCGCGUCAGGAUAUAUUUCAAGAACAACUGGCAGCCAUUCCAGAGUUUAAGGGUUUGGGACCAUUAUUCAAGUCUUCGGAACCAGCGCAGCUCACAGAAGCAGAAACAGAGUAUUUUGUUCGUUGUAUUAAACACGUGUUCACAAAUCACAUUGUUUUCCAGUUUGAUUGCACAAACACGUUAAAUGAUCAGCUGCUAGAGAGAGUCACUGUGCAGAUGGAGCCCUCAGACGCUUACGACGUGAUCUGUUGCAUCCCAGCCCCCAGCCUGGCUUACAACCAGCCGGGCAUGUGUUACACCCUCGUCCAGAUUCCCCAGGAUGACCCUACUGCAGUUGCUUGUACUUUCAGUUGCACAAUGAAGUUCACUGUUCGAGACUGUGACCCAAACACAGGUGUACCAGAAGAAGAUGGCUAUGACGAUGAGUAUGUGUUGGAAGAUUUGGAGGUGACCGUCUCUGAUCAUAUUCAGAAGGUUUUAAAGCCAAACUUUGCAGCUGCAUGGGAAGAAGUGGGAGAUGACUUUGAGAAAGAAGAAACCUUUGCACUUAGUUCAAUUAAAACCCUUGACGAAGCUGUCAAUAACAUCAUCAAGUUCUUGGGCAUGCAGCCCUGUGAGAGAUCAGAUAAAGUGCCAGAGAACAAAAAUUCUCACACGCUCUACUUAGCUGGUGUAUACAGAGGCGGCUGCGAUGUGCUGGUCAGGUCCAGGCUUGCGCUAGGAGAUGGCGUGACCAUGCAGGUGACUGUUAGAAGCAAGGAAGAAACGCCUGUAGAUGUCAUCCUGGCUUCUGUAGGCUGAGUGCUACAGUGCAUCGACUUGUGGUGGAAACCUCCUUUGCAAGCACCGGUUGGGUAUUUACCGGAUAUCAAGCAGCCUGUCUGUCCUUCUGCAUGUAGUUUUUAUUCCUCAAUUUGGUAUAAAUAUUUUGUAUGAGUAGUGGCAAUAUUGGCUGGCUGGUACUGAGCCUUUCCCGUGUCCCUUCCCUCAUUGUCACUUACACAUUCCCAUCUAACUUAUUGCAUCUCUGGCCACUUGCAGUAGAGCAGGGAAGAUAAAAGAUGCAGGUGGUAAGAAAAUGGAAUCAGACUUUUGUCAAAACUCAUUUUUAUUAACAGAAAAUAAACACUGGUCCAAGUGGUGGAAUUCUAUGAAUUACUGUUAAUAAAAUAGAAAUUUCUUGUUCUAAUUCUGUCUGCUUCAGUACAGAAAAAGUAGCCCAUAAUGGCUGUUUACUCAGCAGAAGCCCCUUGUUCCUAAAGGGAUGCUAUUAAAUUUCAAACUUCAGCAGUUAAAAACCACCUGCAGAGUCUGCCAGCCUGCAAAUUUACAAUUUCUUUAUGAUUGUCUCCUCUGUUCCACACAGAAAAAUCAAUGUACAGAGAGAGAGAGAGAUUAAUCUUCACCUAUCACGGCAUAUUCAGUUCUCUGAGUCUUAUGUCAGAGAAUACCAGAGAACAGUGCAGCCUUUUCCUGGGCUGAAGGAUGUGAAACAUCCGGUAUCAAAAGUUGGGAAGAGAGGGGGAAGGAGGGACCUUGCAGUGACUUCCUUGUGAGGGAACUUCUGCGUCGCUCUGCUGACAAAUUGGUGUUUCUUUAGUUACCAAGUCAGGGUGAGGGAGGAUGGCAUAUGAUUUUAAUGCUAAUUUAAACACCUGCCCCAGAUCCUGGUGGCUGGAAUACCUACUGCUCAGAAGAACACCUUGACUUUUCCUAGUGCUGGUAUUGCAUAUUCAGCUUGCUCUAGUAAAAUGGGUGCGAGCCUGCCCUGGUAGACCCGAGUGCUAUAGCUAGGCUUCAGUGAAGGUCCCGAGGUAGUCCCAGGGGUAUAGUGGCAGUGAGUGGCUCUGCUUGUUGAAUUGAAAGUCAGAGAAACAAGGGCUGUGGUAAAAACUUGAGGUUUUAAAGAUUACUUUAAAGGUUUUAAAAGAUUACUGAAGACCACUGCAGGAAAGAUGUUGCGUUGCUGGAACAUGUCCAGAG